UCCAUCAUUUUCAAACUUCUUCCUAUGUUUUUCCUAUUUUUGGCUGCCAUGAGUUUAUCUUUCGCCAGGGCCUUGCUCUCUGUUGUUGCUUCAAAGUCAACAUUUAUACUAUGAGAAGCUUUUUUUUUUUAAAGUAGGCAGCAGCAACAUGAUGCCUCUGCAAUAAAUAGUUUGUACUUUGAAGAACACAAUGUCUUGCAGGCCUGAGCCCAGGGGACCACCGUCCAGUCUGAAGCGUGGCUCUCUCUGCCAUCCCCAUGGUGACAAAACAGAAGAUCUUGGGAAGGAAACGCGCUCCCUGCCUGCGCAGUGAUGUCACCGGCAGCCAAUCCUGCCUCCGCAGCUGUUUCAUAACUGCAACCGCUGGAAGCAGCAGCGUGCGAGAGCCUGCCUGGAGAGGCUGCCAAGGAGGCCAAAGUCCUGUGGAGGGAAGUGGGGGAAGGAGGGAGUGUGCGGAGCACAGAGGGAAAGGCACACGGGGCUUCUGAGACUCCUGCAGGGGUCGUCAUUACCGGAAUUGAAACACACACUUUUUAAAGCUAGCAAAUAACCCAUUGAUCAAAGCAACUGAAGUCGCAGUAGGAGCAGCAGCAACAACCAUCAAACAGCCAUGCCAAAAAAAUGGGAUCAGCCUUUGGAAAUUCAGCCUUUGCACUUGGGAAUCCAGAGAGAAUCGGUCUUGCAAGUGUUUGGAAGUUUGGUGCUUUGCGUGGCCGUUGUGGCUUCUGGAAUCCUGGAUGGUGUUCAGACAGAGACUGGGUUUGAGCACUAUGCUGAACCAACUGUGUCACAAUUGCCUGCUAUCCUGGCUAUGCCUGCCAAUUGCUUAGUCAAUGUGGCCUAUGUACUUCUCGGUUGGUACUGGCUGCCUUCAGAUGGCAAGAAGGAUCGGAUAUACUACUUCCAAGAGGUCUUUGCCCUCAUGGCCAUCGUGUAUGGGCCUGUGCAGUGGGUCCGGCUCUGGACACAGCAUCAUUGGGCAGCUGUCUUGGAUCAGUGGUUGACCCUGCCCAUUUUUGCUUGGGUUAUGGUCUGGUGUCAUUACCUAGAGCAUGGAUGGAAACCCAUCACCUUUCUGGCUAUAGAAGUAACUUCAUUGAUGAGCUACGCUUUGGCAUUGCUUCACCCCCAAGGCUUUGAACUAGCAUUGGGUGGACAUAUAUUCAUAGUUGUUUGGAGAGCAUGGAAAGUGCAGAGGCAUUUUGGUAAUGACAUUUCUUUCCGUAUCUUGGCAUCGGGGAUGCUCUCUUGCCUGGGUUUUGUAUGCCUGAAGCUGUGGGACCAAGAACUGGCACAGUGGGCACUCUUUCGUCGGCUCACAGGCCAUUUUUGGUCCAAGAUCUGUGAUGUACUACAGUUCCACUGUGCUUUCCUCUUCUUGACUCAAUUAAGCAGACGCCAGCUCGGGCCUCUAUAAAGUAACCUAUCAUCUUCGCAAAGCAAAAUUAACCUUAUCACUCAAAUGGUAGAAAGAUACAGUAUUAUUGGAUUUGAAAGAAUACAUAUUGCUCUGACUACUCUAAAUGUACAAGGAGAUAGUAGUUGGUGAGGUGUCCUUGUGGAGAGAAAAAGUGGGACAUAAAUAAAUAAAUA